AUGGCGAGUCCCGGGCAGAAACUGGUGCUGAUCACCGGCUGCUCCUCCGGUAUCGGCCUGAGGAUGGCCGUGAUGCUGGCCACGGAUGAGCAGAAGCGUUACCACGUCGUGGCAACGAUGCGCGACCUGAAGCGUAAAGAUAAACUGGUGGAGGCUGCAGGGGACGCGUACGGGAAAACUCUGUCUCUGGCCGUGCUGGACGUCUGCAACGACGAGUCCGUCCAACAGUGUAUCAGCGGCAUCAAAGACCGACAUGUGGACGUCCUCAUCAACAACGCGGGUAUCGGCCUCGUGGGUCCGAUAGAGAGCAUCCCCAUCGAGGAGAUGAAGAAAGUGUUCGAGACCAAUUUCUUCGGGGUGAUCCGCAUGAUCAAGGAGGUGAUGCCGGACAUGAAGAGGAGGAAAGGGGGACACAUCAUCGUGGUCAGCAGCGUGAUGGGACUGCAAGGCGUGGUGUUCAACGACGUGUACGCGGCCUCCAAGUUCGCCAUGGAGGGCUUCUGCGAGAGUCUGGUGGUGCAGCUCUUGAAGUUCAAUGUCACGUUGUCAAUGAUUGAGCCGGGCCCGGUGCACACUGAAUUUGAGUCGAAGAUGAUCCAGGAUGUGAAGCAGAAGGAGUAUCCUGGAGCCGAUCCCGAUACGGUGCAUUACUUCAAGAACGUCUAUCUCCCUUCUUCCGUGGACAUCUUCGAGACGCUCGGACAAACGCCCGAUGACAUCGCCAGAUGCACAAAGAAGGUGAUCGAAGCCAGCAGUCCGCGUUUCCGUAAUCUGACCAACCCGUUGUACACGCCCAUCGUAGCGCUGAAGUACGCUGACGAGACCGGAGGCCUGUCUGUCCACGCCUUCUACCACAUGCUCUUCAACCUGGGGCCCCUGAUGCACGUCAGCAUGACGGCCAUGAAGUACCUCACCUGUGGGUGUCUGAGGAGCCGGACAGUCUCACCAAACUAG